AUGAGUAACAGCAGCCUGCAGGGCCUGUCUCUAGCUCUGCCCCUCACCAGCUUUGGCAAUGUGUUGAUGUUUCUCUUCAGUGUUUCCUUGGCUUUCAGCAUCAUCUUCCUCAACAUGUCCGUGUGUGUCUCCAUACUGCUGAACAGGGCUCUGCGCAGCGAGAACCGCUUCAUGUACAUGCUGAGCACCUGCUUCAGUCUGUCCUACAUGGCCAUCCUGGCCGCGCAGGCCGACAGGUACCACGCUGUGGUGUCACCUUUCCAAUACUUGCGCCGCAUGACGCGUAACAGAACCGUGGUGGUCAUAUGCGGGUACUGGCUCUACGCCUUCCUCAUCGUGGCCGUGAAUAACCUGGUCCCACUCGGCGUGGCCAGAAAGAUCAUGAGCAUUGGCACGUUUGUGGGCAACAUCUUCACAGUGAUUAUAAUGGUAGGACUGAACAUCAGGCUGUUCAUCAUAGCCAAGUUCCAGCUGGAGAGGGAGCCACCCUCCGUGGAGAGGGACACCAAGCGCUCCUCGGUGUAUCUCAUACUGGUGGUGGCUAUGUUCUUUCUGGUGACGUGGUUUCCCAUCUUCUGUCAUGUUAUAGUCUGUAACUUCUUUGGCUUGGUGUGUUUCACCUUUAAGAAUGAGGGCACCGACCCUAUGCGUAUUUUACCCCGAGUGAACACUGCCCUCACCCCCAUCCUGUACAUCUGCGGCUGCUCCCCGCUCAGAGCCACGCUGCUCACCAAGGUGUGGAGGCCCUGCUGCAGGAGGAGGUAA